CGGGAGUGCCCCACUCGCACUCCCUUUACACUUACGUACAUCAGCGGAUCUCCCAGGAAGGACAAAUUAACGGGACACAGUCGAUGGAAACGUGUGUGUGAUGUAAAAACCCGGUCCGGAUGCGUCGGUUCAUUGCACUUAUCGGGAAAACUAUGGCUGUUUCUAAAGACUGACUAUUUGGGACACUACUCUUUUUACUUUUCCGUUCAUCCAAACCGGCCAGUCAUUCAUUCAAUCAUUUAUAAGCUGCUGCAUCCUGUUUGUAGACUAUAUAAACCCAUCCCCUCCAUUGGUGUACGUUUCUGAGUCCUGCCGUGAGGAUGGAUACCCGGCUAUCUUUCCCCAGGUACCCGCUGCUGGUGCUGCUCUGCACGGUCGCUGCUCUGUCAGGGAUCCGGAGCCCAGUGGCUGCUGCUGGGAGGAGCUGCGCCGACACCCGGCAGGUGUACGCGGAGAAGGGGUACGGCACAGACAUCGCUCCGCUGACUCAGAUCUCCGGUGAGCACCUGCGGCUCUGUCCUCAGGACUACACCUGCUGCUCCAGUCAGAUGGAGGAGACGCUGGCGCUUCAGAGUGAUAGGGACUUCCUCAGAGCCGUUGAAGACAACAGCCAGUUCCUUCUGACCACCUUCACCCAGAGACACCGCAGAUUUGAUGAGUUCUUCAGAGAGCUUAUAGACCUAUCAGAGAAGUCUAUGAACCAGAUGUUUACCAAGACCUACGGCCGUCUCUUCACCCAGAAUGCACACGUCUUCCAGGAGCUGUUUGUGGAGCUCCGCAGAUAUUAUUCUGGGGGCAGUGUAAGUCUGACAGAGGUUCUGUCAGACUUCUGGUCCAGACUGGUGGAGCGGGUCUUCUCACUCGUCAACCCCCAGUAUCAGUUCAGUGAGGAUUACCUGGAGUGUGUCAGCAAACACGCCGAACAGCUGCAGCCAUUUGGAGAUGUGCCCCGCAAACUACGCGUACAAGUUUCCAGGGCUUUCAUUGCUGCCAGAGCACUGUCUCAGGGCUUGGCUACUGGUCGGGAUAUUGUUAACAAAGCAACAAAGUUGACUGCAGAUUCAGAGUGUGUGCGUGGCCUGAUGCGUCAGUGGUACUGCCCACUGUGUCGAGGCAUGCCCUCCCUGCGGCCCUGCCACUCCCUGUGCCUUAACGUGAUGAAGGGCUGCUUAGCCAAUCAGGCUGACCUGGACACCGAAUGGAACAAUUUCAUUGAUGCUCUGUACCAGGUUUCAGAGAAGUUGGAGGGACCAUUCAACAUGGAGCUUGCAGCUGACUCCAUCUCCGUGAAAGUGUCGGAGGCCAUCAUGCACAUGCAGGAAAACAGUGUCACCAUCUCCACUAAGGUGUUCCAGGGCUGUGGAAGCCCCAGGCCUGCUCCAGGUCGGUCUAAACGCUCACCGAAAGAGUCGGGGGGAAACAGGAGGCCUUUCCGCACCUACAGCCCUGAAGAGAAACCCACCACUGCUGCAGGCACCAACCUGGACCGACUGGUUACUGAGCUAAAGGAACGACUGCGGCCUAUGCGGGGCUUCUGGGUGUCCCUCCCACACACCAUCUGCAACGAUGAGAAGAUGGCUGCCGACGUCACUAAUGAGGACCGCUGCUGGAAUGGGCAGACCCGGGGGAGGUACCUCCCGGACGUGACAGGUGAUGGGCUGGUCAGCCAGAUCAACAACCCUGAGGUAGAGGUGGAUAUUGCCAGGCCGGAUGUAAGGACCAGACAGCUGAUCAUGGAGCUGAGGGUGGUGACCAACAAACUGAGACAUGCUCAGAGCGGACAAGACAUGGACUUCAUGGACAGUGAGGAGGGCAGUGGCUCAGGGGGUGGAGAUCAUGGUGAAAGGUACAAUGAUGAUUGGCCAGGCUAUGGGCCUUACUCUCCCCCAUACAAACCCCCUCGUAACCCGGUCUCCAACCCCGCAAAGCCUCCUCGAGUCCGAGACAGAAACGGGUCCAAGUGGAACAGAAACAACGGCCAUGGACGGGUUCGAUCUGCAUCCAGUGGGCUUACCUUCUCCCUGGUUUCUUUGUUGUCUUUGCCUUUCAUGGUCACUGUUGCCCCCAUGUGGAGAUAGCUGGUUAUUACAGUCUGGUAGUGGAGGUUUUCUGUCUUGCUCAAGUCUUAAGCACAUUAUGAAGAAAAACAAAGUCAUUCCAUUUGGUUACACCAGCAGAAACAAAAUGACAAAACAGGCUAAUUUAGCAAUAAUCAGAAAUCUGUUUACAGCACAAAACAAAUUAAGUGAAUAUUUUUCCUACUGUACAAGCCUCAAAAGAGGCAUUACCAGACAUUGAUGACAACUAACAAUAUUUAAUUAAUGGGUACUGCCCUUUUUUAGUGCCAUUUGUGAGAUGUAUUGGAAUCUUGACGCUGGAGCACCUUCGAGAAAGGGGAACAAAAGUGCUGCAGCAGAAAAAGAAUUAGCAACAUGUUUGGGUGAUGGAGCUGAUGGUCUCAUGGUUUGGUGCUCUGUGAGAUGGAGAUUAGUUGUGCCAGUUAAUUACUGUGUAGUUUCGGUGAGCAGCUGAUAUGAUCUGAGUGCAUUUAUUUGCUGCCAUUCUCAUGAAAUUAGGUUGAUUAAUGUAAUUGAUUUGAUUUCAGUCAUGGGUGUGGUUCAUUUAGUUCAUUUUUUUUAAUCUUGUGGAAGUCGUGAGAUGUAAUUUAAUCGCUUAAUUGAACCUCCUAUUUUGGCUUAGGAAUUUAAAAAAGUCACGGAUGACUCUUGAAACCAAACAAGGGGCUUAUUUUGAAUGUACCUAAAAGCUCAAAUUAAUUUGGGUUGCUUGUGAUGACAAGGGGUUAAUUAAUGUAAUAUAUUGGUGUUUUUAAUUUAUUUGUAAUAUUAUAUUUCAUUUUUCUCAUUAUUAUGAUUUUUAAGGCAAAGGGUUGGAUGUUUUUAUCUUUGAAAAGAUUGUUGUCUUUAACUUCCUCUGGUGAAAAAGAAAAAAGGAAAAUCCAGCUCUAUUUGAUCAAUCACAACUAGACACUUAAUUAUCAUAUGAAAUUUGGCCACAAGACCAGCUAUCAUUUUUUUAAUCUUAACCAGAGAUUGUUGAGGAGCAACAUGUGUGAAUGUGUGUGUGUGUGUGUGUUUGUAUGGUGGUUUUAUAUUGUUUUUUGUUAUAUGUCCUUGUUUCAAUUUUCUAGUUCUGAGGUUAUGCUGAGAAGAUAUUGGGAUGUUUCAUAGUGUGCUUUUUUACUUAUUUUUCCUAAAAGCAACAAAAGAUGAUGAAAACACUGAGUGAGCUGUUGAUGUGACGCAAAAUUAGACUGAAUGUUGACGGAAAGACAAAUGCUGUCAAGGUGUGUGGCUUCUAAUUUUCAUAUGCUGAAUGUGUUUUGUCAAAGAUAAAAUCAAAGAUUUUUCAUGAAGAUAAAAAAAUUUGUUGGUGAAGAGUUGGUCAUCGAUGUACAGAAACAAACAUGAGGGUGAGCUUGAAGUAAUAGUUCGACAUUUUGGGAAAUACUCUUAUUAGCUUUCUUGC